GGAGGAUGCAGUCUCCGUCAGUACACAUCCCUCUUCCUAUUGGCUGUCUGGGAAGGCUGUGCCCAGUGCGCUGCGCUGAUUGGCUGCACACGGUUCCUUUAAAGUUCUGUAAAUAGAACCCUCAGCGUGUUCCUGAUCCGGAGUGUUCGCUGCCCGUGGGAUCGGGUGCACUGCGUGGGUCACCUCUACCUACCGCAAGCAGGACCAAGGUAACAACAUGUGGCAAGCAUUGAAGUGCAGAAGGUAUAAUGUUCGGUUUGCCCAUUUGGUGCGGUAUCAUCAUCGGGCUGUAUUAGCCAUUCGAAGAGAGGACAUCAAUGUUUGGGAACGAAGAGCUCCACUCGCACCAAAGCAUGUGAAAGAGCUUACUAAUCUUGGGUACAAAGUUUUGGUCCAACCAUCCAACAGACGAGCCAUCCAUGAAAAGGAAUAUAUUAAAGCUGGUGGAAUUAUUCAAGAAGAUAUAUCUUCUGCAUGUUUAAUUGUGGGAGUUAAAAGACCUACAGAGGAGAAGCUCAUCCCCAAAAAGACAUAUGCCUUCUUUUCACACACCAUUAAAGCUCAAGAGGCCAAUAUGUCCUUAUUGGAUGAAAUCCUAAAAUUGGAAAUCAGACUGAUUGAUUAUGAAAAAAUGGUGGAUAAUAGAGGCUUUCGUGUUGUUGCUUUUGGACAGUGGGCUGGAGUAGCAGGGAUGAUCAACAUGCUGCACGGUUUAGGCUUGAGGUUUCUUGCACUGGGACAUCAUACUCCAUUUAUGCAUAUCGGGAUGUCUCACAACUACAGGAACAGCAGUCAAGCCGUGCAAGCAGUGAGAGAUGCAGGUUAUGAAAUCGCCCUUGGCUUGAUGCCCAAAUCCAUUGGGCCACUUACUUUUGUGUUCACUGGAACAGGAAAUGUUUCUAAGGGGGCACAGGAAAUUUUUAAGGAACUUCCCUGUGAAUUUGUGGAACCCCAUGAAUUGAGAGAAGUUUCCAAAACUGGAGAUCUCAGGAAGGUAUAUGGAACUGUGCUUAGCCGCCAUCACCAUCUUGUCCGGAAAACUGAUGGUGUAUAUGACCCCAUAGAGUAUGAAAAGAAUCCAGAGCUGUACACUUCUCGCUUUAAUACUGAUAUUGCUCCUUACACAACGUGUCUAAUUAAUGGUAUUUACUGGGACCCACAUACUCCCCGCUUGCUUAAUAGACAAGAUGCUCAGAGGUUGCUGGCUCCAGUCAAAUCCACUUCAGUUGCCACAGCAGGCUGUCCACAACUCCCUCAUAAGCUUCUAGCCAUCGGUGACAUUUCUGCGGACACUGGAGGUUCCAUAGAAUUUAUGACGGAAUGCACCAGUAUUGAUACACCGUUUUGUAUGUAUGAUGCAGAUCAGCAUAUCAUUCAUGACAGUGUUGAAGGUUGCGGCAUCCUCAUGUGCUCUAUUGAUAACUUACCAGCCCAACUUCCAAUAGAGGCUACGGAGUAUUUUGGAGACAUGCUAUUUCCUUAUAUUGAAGAAAUGCUGAAGUCUGACGUGUCCAAACCCAUUGAUCAGGAAAACUUUUCUCCUGUUGUGCGAAAUGCAGUGAUUGCAUCCAAUGGUUCCCUCACCAAGAAAUACAAGUACAUCCAGACAAUGAGAGAGAGCAGAGAACAUGCCCAGCUGAUGACACUUGGUUCAAAGAAGAAGAUAUUAGUUCUUGGAUCUGGUUAUGUUUCCGAGCCUGUCAUAAAUUACCUCACAAGAGAUCCCAACGUUGAGAUUACGGCAGCUUCAAUGGUCAAGGAUCAGGUGGAUCACCUGUCUAAGAAAUACAAUAACACUACUCCAGUGGUCCUAGAUGUGUCCAAGAAUGAAGAGAAACUGUCAGCUCUAGUGAAGAAACAUGACCUUGUGAUCAGCCUUCUACCGUACUUAGCUCAUCCCCUUGUGGCAAAGGAAUGUAUAAAGAACAAAGUUAAUCUAGUGACGGCAAGUUAUCUAACACCUUCAAUGAAAGAACUCCAGCAAAGUGCAGAAGAUGCUGGAAUUACUAUAGUUGUUGAAGUGGGCUUGGAUCCAGGUCUUGAUCACAUGUUGGCCAUGGAAUGCUUUGACAAGGCUAAGGAUGUUGGGGCAAAGGUGGAAUACUAUAGAUCGUUUUGUGGAGGUCUACCUGCGCCUGAAUAUUCAGACAAUCCUUUAAGGUAUAAGUUCAGCUGGAGCCCAUUGGGUGUUUUGUUAAAUACCAUUCAACCUGCAACAUACCUGAAGGAUGGAGAGGUUGUGAACAUUGCAGCAGGUGGUUCCUUACUUCAAUCAGUUACCGUCAUGGACUGCUUCCCAGGACUGAAUUUGGAAGGCUUCCCAAACCGGGACAGUACAAAAUAUGCCGAGUCCUAUGGGAUCCAAUCAGCACACACUUUAAUGAGAGGAACUUUGAGAUAUAAGGGUUUUGCUAAAGCAAUGAGUGGAUUUGUGAAGCUGGGAUUAAUUAAUGCAGAUCCCUGCCCAUUACUGGCUAUUGAUGCCCCAGCAAUAUCUUGGAAAGAGCUCCUGUGCCAUAUCCUGAACGUUCCAGCUUCCACCAGUGUUGACCAUCUGAAGGAAAUAGUUUUCAAUAAACUACAAAAGGAUGAAAAUAACUUGGAGACCGUUCAGUGGUUUGGACUGCUAAGUGAUGAGCAAGUGCCGGUAGCAGAUUCUGUUGUUGCUGCUCUUGCUAAGCACAUGGAAAUCCUCCUUUCAUUUGGACCAGGAGAAAGAGACAUGAUCGUUAUGAGAAAUGAUGUUGGCAUUAGACAUCCCUCAGGACACCUGGAAAGCAAAAAUAUCAGCUUAGUAGUGUAUGGGGAUGUCAAUGGGUACUCUGCUAUGGCAAAAACCGUGGGCUUCCCUGCAGCCAUCGCUGCUAAGAUGGUCUUGGAUGGUGAAAUUGACAGCAAAGGUCUUGUAAUUCCAUUGACCAAGAACAUUUAUGGACCUAUAUUGGAGCGUGUUUUAGAAGAAGGAAUUAUCUAUAACUCCAAGAGUACAUUUUCACUUUAAUUGAAUGUACCAUGGACACAAACCAGUUUUUGCUGCUUUAUAUCAGUUAUUUCAUUUUACAAUGUUUAGUUUAUUUGUUGUUACCCCAAGUACAUAAGGAUAUCUUUCGAUAAGGUGUCAAGUCUAGAGAGAAGUCAUUAGCUAUUUCCAGCGUGAAGGGAAAUUGUAUGUCACGGUAUGAAGGCUACUUUCACCAGGAAUUGUGGACUGUUGACAAGGGAGUAAUAAAAUUCAGGACAAACUAUCUGAAUUGUCUCCAACACGGUUAAUUUUACAGUUACGUUCUUUUGGUUAAAAUUUGAGAUUCCCUUGUCAAUUUCCAGAUUAGAAGUAAGGGUAUUUAAACCGUCCUUUAACCCCUUAAGGACACAUGACAUGUGCGACAUGUCAUGAUUCCCUUUUAUUCCAGAAGUUUGGUCCUUAAGGGGUUAAGUACAUGCCCAAUUCAUGUAAUUGGCAAUGGGUGGUAGCCGCAUCUUAAAAAGGUAUCCAUGAAAGGGAAAUAAUUCAAAGUGACUUUCCAGUUAUACGUCAAAGUAGGUGAACUUGAAGAACAGCUGA